CAGACAUCACUCCCCACUCCAGGAUGUGUGACUGUGACGUGGACGUGUCCUCGGAGCCCAACAGCCCCACGCUCUACGGCGAGUCCUCUGACAAAUACUACCAUGUGGACCGCUGGCAGAAGCUCCGCACUGCCGUCCGCAAGCUGGAGUUCUGGGAGAACUUCACAGCCGAGCUCAUUGGAAGCGGCUUCUUCUCCAAAGUCUACAAGGUUCCUGUUCCCUCCCUAGCCAUCUGUAUUGAACGUAGCAUAUAUUACCUAUAUAGUGCACUACUUUUGACCAGAGCCCUAGGGGUGCCAUUUGGGACGCAUUAGGACAAAGAAUGCUUUGUGUUGGAUCUAAUUGGGACAUACAGUAGUUGCCAUUACACGAUUAGUUUACACUCCAUCAUGGAUGCCUGAGAAAUGGUACCCAACUGUGCUUCAGCUAACAUAACUUCCCCAAUCUGCACUCUGUACAGAAGCAGAGCAAAUGGAGGAGUAACAUGGCAUGCAUUUAGAUUUUGAAGUGGAAUGGGCCUGGGGAGAAAGACAGAUGGGAUGAUUACAGAGUUAAUCUAUUAGUCUACUAGAUUUGAACACUGGAUGUUCUGAGUAGAGAGAACACUGCUGGAGAUAAUACUGGCCAUCAAUAUGUUUUAUGUUAUGUGAUGAUUUAAUCAUAUUAAGCUAUUAAUAGAAUUGAGCAGUGCCAGUGAGAUGGUUAGGUAAUACGUCAGAGGGACUGAGUGGAGGUCACUGUAAAACCAUGGGGGCUGUUCCGAAUUAAAAUUAGGGCAGUGUUAAUUAAUGGCGGUGUUAAUGAAUUUACUUGCAAAAACAGCUCCUUUCAGACAGACACCUAACAGUUUUUUUUGUACAGGUUUCAUGACUAAGUCUUGAGCAGGUAUUUUAGUGGUUAAAGGCCCAGUGCAGUCAAAAACUGGAUUUACCUGUGUUUUAUACAUAUUUCCACACUAUAAGGUUGGAAUAGUACUGUGAGAUUGUGAAAAUUAUGAUAAUGCCCUUUUAGUGUAAGAGCUAUUUGAAAAAAUCGCCUGAAAUUUCAUUCUGCUUUGGUGGAUUGGAGUUCUGGCCUUCCAUGGUGACAUCACCAUGCUGUAAAAUAGUUAAUAAUAGACUAAUAACAAAGAGAGUUCCAAACCUCUCUGCCAAUAACAGCAAAUGUUCUGUUUUUCCCUCCCCACUCGGACCACUCCCAGACAGUUCUGGCAAAAUUCUUGCUUAUGAAAUUGCUCUUUGCUGAGAAGCUAUUUUUGUUUAUUUUAAUUGAAAACAAUCAAAGUAAGGUACUUAAUUGUUGCCCAGAAUUAUUAGAAAUUGAGAUUGAAAAAAACAGCUGCAUUGGACCUUUAAUCUGUAAACCCUUGUCUGUUUCUCUCAGGUGAUUCACAGUACGACUCGUAAGGUGAUGGUGGUGAAGAUAUAUAAGAAUGAUGUGGACCAGGAUAGCAUCGUGCGUGAGAUCAGCCUACUGCAGAAACUCUCCCAUCCCAACAUAGUCAGGUAUUAGUCAGUUACUCACUUAUACAUUUUGGUAUAUGUCCUUAUUGAUACCAAUUGGAAUGCAGGGAAGGUUUGCUUUGUCUACUAUGUGGUGCAGUCAAUGGCACAGGAACAUAAUAGCCUAGUAGUCACAAAGGUAAAUUACCCCUCUGAAGUGGUUACAUAAGCUGUGAAGGCAUAGUUUCAGGUGGAUAUUAUGAAGUGCACCACAGAAUCAUGGCAUACCUUUCCUGCAUUCCAGUCCAUAAUAUAGGAUAUUAUACUGUAUACUGUAUUUACAUACUUAUAUACUGUAUAUUAUGUUGUACACGCUCAGAAAUGUACCUUAAAAGUGCCAAUAGUGUACCUUAGGGGACAAGGUAGUACAGGCACGAAAGCGUACCUUUGGAAAGGGUACAAAUCUGCCUGUUUAGGGUACCACCACAGUGACAAAGCCGUUUGUUCCUUUUAAAUGGCAAACAUUGGGUGUUGUUUUACACUGUAGGGUGUAUGUACCAACAAAAAAAAAAGGGUAUUGUUUUAACACUGUAGGGUGUAAAGCCUUAUUUGCAUAUUUCCCAGGGUGCCUUUCAAGUGCAUUUUAGAGUUUACCCCAUCUGUGGUCUGAAACUGUUGGUUUGCAGGCCACAUCAGGCAAGGAACAUUAUGCUGUCUUGUAAAGUUAUAUGUAAUUCCUAUUGAAAUACAGGCAGAGUUAGGAUAUCCCAAAAUUGGAACUUUUAAUCACCCAGAUGAUGCAUUUAGAAUGACUGCCAAGGUAGGGAAAAUGUAUAAAUGAGACUACCUAAACCAUCUAAACGGGAACAACCAUCUCAGUAACGGGUGCAAUAAGUCCAACUACUAACAGAUUGGAUUAGUUUCGAAAAAUAUAUGUCAUUUAUCUUUGUGUAGCAUAAGAUCAAUCAAUCAAUGUGCAUGCAAAAAACACACAUAUUGAAACAAACAAUUCUAAAAAUCGAACUACAAUAGAGCAUGCUGGGAAAUAUGAUAACGAUUGCAAUAGUUUUUGAGAGUGUGUGAUGAUUGUACCUUUAUAUUCAAAAUAUUGGGUACAAAAAUGCACCAUUAUACUAGAUUCUUCGCACAUUUACCCUAAAUGUACCGAACAGGUACCUCUGAUGGUACAUUAGGUGUAUUUUGAUGUUUUUGAACCCCAGGGAACAAUACUGUACCCUAACCAUACCCUUUUUAUCUGAGAGUAUAUAUUGUAUAUAUAUAUAUUUUGGACUGGAAUGUAGCGGAGGUACGGGUAUGCUGCUGAGUCUGUGAGGCGCAGUCAUGGGCACAGCAGGAGGCGUACAAUAACACCUUGUCACGUAGGCCCACUCUACCGCUAUGAGAAGUGGUUACAUAAGGUGUGAAGGAAUAGUGUUUGUCCAAGCAAUCUUAUUAGCCUUUUCGCAAGGUCACAGUAUCAGAGGGAAUCAAACAGCGCAGUGUAUCUGCUGAUGUCAGAACAUAGAGAGUCAGUGAUAAUGCAAUAUGUACCUGGCACAGACAGGGCAUCCAUCCCUCUGUGAGUGGGCACUACUCAAACAAUGAUGUGAAAACAUAGCCUUCCUCAGACACAGUGGGUGAAUCCCAAAUGGCACCCUAUUACCUACAUAGUGCACUUUCUUUUACCAGAGCCCAUAGGGUGCCAUUUGGGACGCACUCACUGUGUUUGAGGAAGGUAAUGUUCUCAGGCUCUGACGUCAGAGCAAUAUAAUAAAAUGGAGACUGACUUGUUCAUGUCAUUGGUAAUAACCUUUCAGUGAAGGAUGGAGUUUUUAGGAUGUUAAUCUCGGCAGCCCAGGCGAGUUUCUCGACAUUUUGUCUGUCCACAAGAGACUACCCAGCAAACUGGGAACAUUCCCAGGCCAUUAGCUAACAUUGCUGUGAAGUUAGGGUUCGAGCAACAUUAUAAUAAUAAUAAUAAUAUGCCAUUUAGCAGACGCUUUUAUCCAAAGCCACUUACAGUCAUUAGAAUGAUAACGUCCCACAAACUUUCAAAGAAUGUUAUUUAUCACCAAAUAUUAUUUCAAAGUAAACUUUUGAAUCGAAAUUUCCUUGGAAUGUUCUCUUAACAUUCACUAACAUGUUGUUCACAACAUCUGUAAUAACUACCACAGAACAUUCCCCUAAGGUUCUUAUUAGGUUGCCAGGGAAUGUAAUAAUACAAUGUUCCUGUAAUAUUCUUCAACAUUCUGCUGCAACAAAAUGUGGGAGCAAUGAAAGUAGUUCUGAGGAAACAUUACAGGAACGUUCUGCUAAUGUUGAAGGAUAUGUUAUCCUAAACAACAUGCAGCGAACAUCCCCGCAAGACUGUCAUAUAGUUAUAGUGUGUUGUUAUGUCAUGAUUGUUCCAGUGACUUUCCCUGAACAUACUGUACUUCAGCAAUACAAUGUUGGAGCAAUAGAAGAUGUUCUGAGAAAACAGUCCUGGAAUAUUCAACUAAUGUUGAUAGAGAUAUUACUACAAACACCUAUAACAACAAAAAAGAAACAUUCCGUCAAAUUAUUCUGUAAUGUUAUGACAUAUGAUGUUCCAAUAAUGUUCUGAAAACAUACUUCAAUGAUAAUGGAAGUAGUUCUGAAACAUUGCUGCAAUGUUCUACGAAUAUUGAUGUGUAGUGUUACAUUAUUAUAUGAAGUUGCGAAAUGUUUAAACAAAUGGCAUUUCAAUCUUCUUACGUCAUGAUAUUUGAUAAGGAUAUUGUUCCAAACAUAGUAGGCUGCGUUUAGACAGGCAGCCCAAUUCUGAUUUUCUUUUCACUAACUGGUCUUUCAAUCAAUCAUAUCAGCUCUGAAAAAGAUCUGAUGUGAAAAGAUCUGAUGUGAUUGGUCAAAAGACCAAUUAGUGGAAAAAAUAUCAGAUUUGGGCUGCCUUUCUAAACGCAGCCCAUGUCUGCUGUGCCACCAGGAUCCUUAUGUUUCAAGUGGAUUUCCCUUUGCACUGAAAUGCUUAAAUUAUUCAUCAAACUAUGGCUAAAUGUCUUAGUACCUAUGCACAUCUAUGUACACCUCACCACUAUCUGUCAGGCAAUAAUUUAACAUAAUUUCUGAAAUCAAGUGCGUAGGGAAAAUAAAAGUCAAAACAUCCCAAUUUUAGGCUAUAUAAAGAAGAUUGUCAGAGUAAGAAAUAACAGAGGAUGAUUCAUUUUCUAGCUUUAGUCAUCCUCUCUUUUGCAAAGACAAAGACCACAAGCUGGAAAUCAGAAUAAAGGUGUGAACAGCUAUAUAUUUGUGUAAAUCCCAUCCCAGUGGUGCAGUGGAUUAAUUCCAGGGAUAACACUCAAAAGUUCGAUCCGAGCUUGCGACUAUCUACAAAAUACGGUAAAACUAUGUUUGUACAAUCAAUGUGUAAUAAACUUCAAAAACCGUAUAUGUUUUUACAAGAAUUGUUCUACAAACAAAUUCCUCAAAAGUAAGAUAGCACUAACACAUUAAAAAAAACUCCAUGGACGUUUGAAAACUUCAUUUGAUCAUUCUAGGAAUAAGAACAUUGAGGGAAUGUGUUGUGCACCCUGAUACAAACAUUGCAAGAAUGUCAUCACAACUGGACAUAUUUUGUGUUUUGGGAACCUAUAUCCAAAAUACUAUAUAUCCAUUUUAAGAAAUGUUGGCAAAUUAAUUAAUUAACUUAAAAACGGGAAGCAUAGAAAUAGUGCACAUAGAACAUAUCUAUCGCUUCUUAGACUUGCUUUUAAUGAGAAUGACAGAUCGAUAACUCACAUUUCUAUAUGAAUUUGGUCAGGUCGCUUAAAAAGUUACAUAUUGCAGCUUUAAAUGUUUUAGGAACUUCAAAAGAAAAUAAAAAAAUGUUCUGUUAACAUUCUUGCAACAUCAGAGAAAUGUUUUGUCCACCCUAAUACCAACAUUGUAUAAUCAUCAACACAACUGGACAUAUUUUUUGAACUUAUAUUAUUAGAACUUUUAGGGGGAAUGUUCUUACACCUUUCCCACAACUUAAUGAAAUGUUCUGGGAACACUCACAGAACCAGGUUUGCUGGGUAGGUUGUUGAUGAAUAUCUGUCUCAGCUGGUCCUCGAAAAUUAAUUAACCCCUGAUCAUCUUAUGUACCCUUACUGUAUAAAUUUUAUACAGUAAUGAGCUGGGAGACAGAUAGUGUGAAGACCGAAGGGGCCGGGAUCCGAUCGCAUAUGUACCAACCGCUCAAGCACAUAAAUUGUAUAUUCUAACUGUCAUUAUGUUUCCACAUUAUAAUUCUGUUGUCAUUCAUUCUAGGUAUCUGGGGAUCUGUGUGAAGGAAGAUAAACUCUACCCUAUUUUAGAGGUGAUUGUUACUUUCUCCACCUUGGAUUGAUGACGUGUUCACACUAGUGAGAUAAGUGAGGAGACACACUAAUGUCUAUUUCUGAGACAUGUACGUAUGUACACUAUUAUAUACAAAAGUAUGUGUACACCACUUGAAAUUAGUGGAUUUGGCUAUUUCAGCCACACCUGUUGCUGACAGGUGUAUAAAACCGAGCACACAGCCAUGCAACCUCCAUAGACAAACAUUGGCAGUAGAAUGGCCUUUCUAAAGAGCUCAGUGACUUUCAACGUAGCACUGUCAUAGGAUGCCACCUUUCCAACAAGUCAGUUCGCCAAAUCUCUGCCCUGCUAGAGCUGCCCUGGUCAACUGUAAGUGCUGUUAUUGUGAAGUGGAAACGUCUAGGAGCAACAAUGGCUCAGCUGCGAAGUGGUAGCUCACAGAACGGGACUGCCGAAUGCUGAGGCGCGUAGCGCGUAAAAAUUGUCUGUCCUCGGUUGCAACACUCACUACCGAGUUCCAAACUGCUUCUGGAAGCAACAUCAGCACAAUAACUGUUCGUCUGGAGCUUCAUGAAAUGGGUUUCCAUGUCCGAGCAGCCGCACACAAGCCUAAGAUCACCAUGAUCAAUGCCAAGCGUCGGCUGGAGUAGUGUAAAGCUUGCCGCCAAAGGACUCUGGAGCAGUGGAAACGCGUUCUCUGGAGUUAUGAAUCACGCUUCACCAUCUGGUAGUCCGACGGACUAAUUUGGGUUUGGCGGAUGCCAGGAGAACUCUACAGCAUACAAUGACAUUCUAGACGAUUCUGUGCUUCCAACUUUGUGGCAACAGUUUGGGGAAGGCCCAUUCCUGUUUCAGCAUGACAAUGCCCCUGUGCACAAAGUUAGGUCCAUACAGAAAUGGUUUGUUGAGAUCAGUAUGGAAGAACUUGACUGGCCUGCACAGAGCCCUGACCUCAACCCCAUCGAACACCUUUGGGAUGAAUUGGAACGCUGACUGCGAGCCAGGCCUAAUCGGCCAACAUCAGUGCCCGACCUCACUAAUGCUCUUGUGGCUGAAUGGAAGCAAGUCCCCGCAGCAAAUUUCCAACAUCUAGUGGAAAGCCUUCCCAGAAGAGUGGAGCAAAGGGAAGACCAACUCUAUAUUAAUGCCAAUGAUUUUGGAAUGAGAUGUUCGACGAGCAGGUGUCCACAUACUUUUGGUUAUGUAGUGAAUAUAAGGUUGGGUUGUGUGUCUGUGUAAGUGAGCCCCUCCAUCUGGGAAAAUAUGGCCUGCAGCGGCCAAAACAUGUUUUUUGUUUUCAAUAAAGAAGCAGUUUUAUCAACUUCCAAGAAUUUCCUCUUCACUUCAGUUUGCUUCUCAAUUCAUGCACAUUGGUUGGAGAGUAAGGUAGUGGCAGUGUUCCUUUACUUUUGAACUUAACCCUCAUUUCCAGGUCUGUUUUAGUAUGUGAGGCUGAUUGGUCUUUUGGGCUGUUCUCAGUAUGUUAGUAGGGGCUGAUGGGGUGUCUAUCUGUUGCAGUAUGUGAGUGGAGGCUGUCUGGAGGAGCUGUUAGCCAGGAAGGAUGUGUCUCUGUGCUGGAGGGAGAAGGUGGACCUGGCCUGUGACAUCACCAGGGGAAUGAUCUACCUGCACUACAAGAACAUCUACCACAGGGACCUCAACUCCAAGGUACAGUAGACCAGGGACCUCAACUCCAAGAUACAGUAGACCGGGGUCCUCAACUCCAAAGUACAGUAGACCAGGGACCUCAACUCCAAGGUACAGUAGACCAGGGACCUCAACUCCAAGGUACAGUAGACCAGGGACCUCAACUCCAAGAUACAGUAGACCGGGGUCCUCAACUCCAAAGUACAGUAGACCGGGGUCCUCAACUCCAAGGUACAGUAGACCAGGGACCUCAACUCCAAGGUACAGUAGACCAGGGACCUCAACUCCAAGGUACAGUAGACCAGGGACCUCAACUCCAAGGUACAGUAGACCAGGGACGUCACUGAAAAAAAGGAAAACCCCAAGCAUAUCUAAUUGUAGAUUAUUGUAACCCUUUAUGUACAGGAAAAGUAGGAAGGUCCACACUCAGGAAAAACAGUAGGGGUUGUCACAUCACACACUGGCUGUGUCUGAAUUGGCAUCCUAUUCCUUAUAUAGUGCACUACUCUUGGUCUGGCUACAGCCACUGACUGCUCUCCUUGACAUCAGGAAAACCCCUACUCUUACGUCAAAUGUUUGCAACAUCAGUGCUGUGGCAUAAUGUAGUGAUCCCAUUGGCUGGUCACCCUUGUAAAAGAGGUCUCCUGAUCUCAAUGAGACUUCCUGAGUAAAUAAAGGUGAAAUAAAUAGUUUUUUGCUGUUGUGGACAAUGCAGGAUAAGGUUGAAUUGAGGCUCAUUCAGUAGUCAGACUGAAGCUGAGGAUAACUCUCUCCCAUGUGGAGAAGACAGCAGCGUAGACACAUCAUUUGACUCUCUCUCCCGGUUGCCAGGUUCCACAGAAGUGCAGGUCAGACAUGUUAUGCAGAGGAGCCGAGCAAAAGGCACAGUCCAUUGUCAUGUUAAUGUACUCCCACUCUGAGCGGUGUUAUUGUACACUCACACAGACAUGUACACACACAGGAACGCACACACACAGGGUUGGGGAGUAACUGAUUACUUCAUGGAUUACUUUUAAAUUCAGAAAGGAUGUUUGCGAGAGAAAAAAAAUACAUUAUGACACCUUUCUGUUUUCUCAAUGACAUUCAAUUCAGCAUCAAAUUGACCACAAGUCAGAGACCACUAUGAUGACACAUUAAAUGCAUUUCAUGGACCCCUUUUGUCUUCUUCUAGUGCCUCUUAAGGGGAAAGUAAUCUGAUUACUUUGUUGAGUUUGGAUAAUCCAAAAGUUACGUUACUGAUUACAAUUUUGGACAGAUAAUCAGUAACCGUAACAAACUACAUUUAGAAAGUAACCUACCCAACUCUGCGCAUACACACACACACUCACACACGCAGGCAGGCACAAACACACACACACAUACACACACACACAUCCAGACAGUCUCGCUUAGUCUGGGAAAGUAGGGUCAGUGAGCAGUGAAUCAAUAGUGGAAGCCCACCACCCAUCCUCUCCCUGUCCCUCCACUCUCUCUCUCUUCCCCUGACCAAGUUUUUACAGCGACCCCUCUUUCUCUUCCUCGCUGCUCUAACCCUGGGAACACUGAUGGUGACACUGACGUGUUCCAUACUGACAUUUAGCACGUCACCCAGAGAGACAAUCCAUUUGGCUCUGGUCUCAAUGGUGACAUUUUACCGGAAACUAAUUGGUGUUUCUGCAACAUAAUACUGUUGUUUUUCCCCCCUAGACCCCCCACCGGUAUCAUUAGAGUUGGCACUAGGAUGCAAACAUCUAUCUUAUGACCAACAAACAAUUGCUUUCUUCACAAUUACAGAGUCUUUCAAAAGAGCACUGGAAGGAUGUAUGACAGAAGUAUAUAGACAAGACAAGGCAUCUUCUCAUGUGCAGUCUAUUUCAAUCGUGAAAGAAGGGACUUCGUCCCUAUAAAUAACAUAGGAUCCAAGCUAGACAUGCAAGGUCAUUUAUUACGUCCAAUAAGACAUGUGCAGUGUAUUUUCUGAAGAGGUAAUUUUGGGUUAAAUCCAUUACUGUUUCAGUUAGAGACAUGAGGUUUGGCUGCAUAGUGCAGGUCUUCUGACAUCUCUCCUGUAGAAGCAGUCAUUACCAGGGUAAGGAAAGGCAUGGUGGAUGUAAUUGCAAACAUAGAUCAUUUUAGUGAGCUUUACAAGAGUAACUGGAAUCCAGAGUUAGCUCUGAAGGUCUUGCUGUGAAGGUCUUGCUGUGAGUCCCAAAUUGCACCCUAUCCACUAUAGUGCACUACUGAGAUCAUAGGGCUCUGAUCAAAAGUAAUUCACUGUAUAUGGAAUAGGGUGCCAUUUGGGACAGAGCCUUAGUUGCAGUUUAGGCCAAUUCCUCAGAGUUCCAGUGGCACAGCCUUUUUUUAUUUUCCAUCAAACUCUCCAUUCUAGAUCUGUUACUUUCUUUGGCUCUGAGGUGAGGGCCCAUGCUAAAUUUAGCGGUCAGUUCUGGUGCUUGGAGCGAUCUCCAGAUAGCCCAAUAAUCACAGGCUACUGAAUGGAAACGCUGGAGCGGGAGAGAGGGCCUGUGGCUCCCUCCAUAAUGGGAUCCAGAUGCUUAGGAGACGUCAGCCAGCAGGGCCCUCCCUCACUCCCUCCCUCCGCCUGUUUUCCCUCAUCAGCAGUUCCUGCUCUGCUCCACACCCCUGUCUGCUUGACUCUCUGCCUGACUCUCUUUCUUUCUCUCUGCCUGCCUGUCUGUCUGCCUCUCUACACCCUAACCUCUCUGCCUGCCUGUCUCUCGGCCUGUCUGCCUUUCUGCCCUGCUUGCUUGUCUCCCUGUCUGCCUGCCUAUAUUUCUGUCUGUCUGCUUGCCUGCCCUGCCUGACUGUCUCUUUGCCUGCCGGCCUGUCUCACUGCUUGCCUGUCUCUCUGCCUGCCUGUCUACCUCUCUUUCUGCCAGUCUGUCUGCCGGCCUGUCUCACUGCUUGUCUGUCUCUCUGCCUGCCCGUCUACCUGUCUUUCUGCCAGUCUGUCUGCUUGCCUGUCUGCCUGCAUGCUUGUUGCCUGCUUGCCUCUCUUCCUGACUCUCUCUCUACCUCUGUCUGUCUACCUGUAAGCCUGCCUGCCUGUUUCUCUACCUGUCAGCCUUCCUACCUGCCUGCCUCUUUACCUGCUCGACUUAUGUAACCACUCCACUAUUUUAGGUCCUCUAGAGUAGCUUACCUACUGUUACUGAGCCCAGGCCCCAGUCAUCUCCCUGGUGCUCUCUCCACACUUACAAUAAACAGUCUACUAUGGUAAUCACCAACCAAACACACAGUUGGGCUUUGUUCUCUGUAAGCAUAGAUGCCAAAGCAGGUGGAUUAUCUCCUCUGUAGCCCAUCAGCAGAGCCCAGGUCAGGACUGAAUCAAUUAGCAUGGCGGGGAGGUGAUGAGUGCAGACUCCAUUGAGUCAGGCUAUUUAGGAGUGUCUGGUCUGGCUGUCUGUAUGUAGGGUAUCCCCUUCAUAACGGCUUCGUCCCAAAUGGCACCCUAUUUCCUACAAAGUGCUCUACUUUUGACCAGAGCCCUAUGGGGCACAUACAGUUAUAUCUGCUUACACUAUGGAGAGAAUUAAGAGUUGUGCCAUGACAUGUCUGUCAUCACGUUUUCUCAGCUUUCAAACCGCCUGAUUUGAUUUGCUCAGGUAGUUAAAGCAGUGAGUGCAUCAAGUAGACCCACAUACAGGUGUAAUGUUGAACACAUCAGGUUGAGGAUCAUGUGUGAGAUUCCAAGGCAGAGAAUGUUCAGUUGAGUUGCCUGUAUAUUCAGACACUUUCACUUUACUCAAUAUGUUGUGUUACAGUAUGAUAGAGCUUUAUUAUUGCUGUGAUUGUACUUUAACAGUGUUACACUACCCUCUGCUGGCUAGCAGAUGUCAUAACAGAAAUGCGAAUGGUGGCAGCACUACUGUAGGGAAAAAAGGGACUGAAUGAAAUCUCCUAAAUAUGACAUGUUGUUUAUUUGACUGGAUCUCACCAUGUCAUGUUGAAAUGUUUUGGCAUACUGUUGUGUAUUGUGGAAAAUCAUAUUCGAUAUAGUAUAUUGAUAGAUGUUAUUGGUAUAUUGUGGACUGCCCUCUUCAAUUCAAACCACAGGUUAUCAAUGGGAUUCAAGUCCAGAGACUGAGAUAGACAUUGCAAAAUGAUUUUGUGCCAUUUCUUUGUGGAUUUUGUUGUGUGCUUGGGGGUCAUUGUCUUGCUGGAAGAUCCACUUGUGGCCAAGUUUCAGCCUCCUGGCAGAAGCAACCAGGUUUUUUGGCUAAAAUGUCCUGGUACUUUGUAGAGCUCAUGAUGCCAUUGACCUUAAUUUGGGCCCCAGGACCAGUGGACACAAAAUAGCCUCAUAACAACAAAUAUCCACCACCAUAUUUUACAGUAGGCAUGAGGUUUAUUUCUGCAUAUGCAUCUUUCUUUUGACACCAAAGCCACUGCUGUUGUGUGUGGACAAAGACCUAUAUUUUCGCCUCAUAUGACCACCUGGUUCCAAUCCAAGUGCCAAUGCCGUUUAUCAAACUCCAGGCGUUUACAUUUGUUGGUUGCUCUUAAUAAAGGCUUUUUGCUUCCAACGUGCUUAUUGGAAAGGAGGUGGCGUCUAAUUGUAGUUUAAGGGACUAGGUGACCCAGAGAUGCGAGCCUAACACUGUUUAGCUUUUCUGGAGGCUCUGGUGGCUCGUUGUGGCCCAAUGCCCUAUUAAGACACUUUAUGUUGGUGUUUCCUUUAUUUUGGCAGUUACCUGUAGCUCAGUAUUUGUAUUAUUUGUUUAAUACAGUCCUUUUUGCUCAUCUUUAUCAAGGGUGCCAAUCAUUUUGGAGGUGACUGUAUAUAUACUAACAUGAUUUCUUAUGUCUGUCUCUACAGAACUGUCUGAUCCGUGUGACGGCGCGGGGCAGGGAGGCCCUGGUCACAGACUUUGGCCUGGCCAGAGAGGUGGUUGAGCUGCCAGUUAAAGACCCAGAGAGGAAGCUCUCCCUGGUGGGAUCUGCCUUCUGGAUGGCCCCGGAGAUGCUGCGCGGGGAACCCUACGACCGCAAGGUACACAUGUCACCAAGACCCUUCAUUGGAUAAGAUGUGGUUAAGAACACUCUGUGGAGGCUAAUGGAAAGAUUUCUUAUUUCUUAAAGUUUUCUCGUAGUUGGAACACAGCUCAUUGUUGGUUGGAUGAUUGGUAUGUGGUUCUGUGUUUUCAUCAGGUGGACGUAUUCUCCUUUGGGAUUGUACUCUGUGAAAUACUGGCAAGGAUCCCUGCAGAUCCAGAGAUUCUACCAAGAACCCAGGUAAAGCUCAACUCUGUAUUCACCUUAUCUAUGACCAUAAGUGAAAAACAUUUGUUAAUUUUGACACACACUCACACAAACACCCAUACUGUAUGGAGCUGCAUGAGACAUACAGUACUAGACAUAGAUCCAGGUUUUCUGCCAUGUACCCUCUGUGGAAGCUCUGCCGUAUGCACCAUGUGUAAUGUCUGCUGUGCAUGUGCGUGUUUGACAGGACUACGGCCUGAAUGUGAGUGCAUUUAGGGAGCUGGCGAGCGGGUGUCCUCAGCGCGUGUUGGAGCUGGCAGCCAGCUGCUGUCUGGUGAGAAGACACAUUACAGUAUACUUUACAGUACAGUUCAUUGCUGCUUACAGAUACAGUAUACUUUACUGUACAGUUAAUGGCUGCUUACAGAUACAGUAUACUUUACUGUACAGUUCAUGGCUGCUUACAGAUAUAGUAUACUUUACUGUACAGUUCAUGGCUGCUUACAGAUACAGUAUACUUUACUGUACAGUUCAUGGCUGCUUACAGAUACAGUAUACUUUACUGUACAGUUCAUGGCUGCUUACAGAUACAGUAUACUUUACUGUACAGUUCAUGGCUGCUUACAGAUACAGUAUACUUUACAGUACAGUUCAAGACUGCUUAAAGAUACAGUAUACUUUACAGUACAGUUCAUGGCUGCUUACAGAUACAGUAUACUUUACAGUACAGUUCAAGACUGCUUACAGACACAGUAUACUUUACUGUAGUAGAUACAGAAAUAGAUAUCAUAACUUUACUGUAGUAAACGGUACAUGGCUGCUUACAGCCUGAUGACCAGUAGAGAGCCCUAGCUAUGUGUAAACUUAAAUGGAAAGUCAACAUUUAUUUGUCUCUGGUCUGGUGCCAGACAAACUUCAUCUAUCAGAAGUAGUAUUUCAGGACCCAUAUUCACAAAGCAGUAGGAGUGCUGAUCUAGGAUCAGGUUCUCCCUGUCCAAAAUAUCUCAUUUAUCUUAAAGACAAGACUGAUCCUAUAUCAGCACUCCUACUCUGAGACGGUUUGUGGAUACAGGCCCUGAUGUUGUUUUAAACCCCAGACAAGGCCCGGUGCUGAUCCAUAUGUUUCCUCUGUGUGUUCAGAUGGAGUCCUUCAGGAGACCGGCAUUCAUAGAGCUGCUGGAUGAACUGGGGGAGAUCGCUGAGACUCUGGAACCGCCCCCUAACCCGCCUCCUAACUCAGAGCAGACCACUGGGUGAGCAGCCUGGGCUGGCCUGGCCGAAGCCCUGCCCACUCAUCUAUCCUGAGGAGGACUGGAGGACUUGGGACUUUGGACCAAGUUCUGUACUUAUAUAUGGGUUCAAUCUCAAAUGGCACCCUAUUCCUUGUAUAGUGUACUACUUUUGACCA